GCGCGCCCGCUCCUCCGCUGCUCCUCAGAUCUGGAAAGCAGGCGAGUUGGGGAAGCGAGUGUUCAUUUCUUCAUUUCUUGUAAAAGGAGGUUCCUGGAAAUACACAAGUCCACAAAUUGAACAUGAAGGACCGCACAGCAGAGCUCAGGACUGUGAAGGACAAUGAAGAGGAUGAUGAGGUCACUGUCGCUGUGGACCGUGACCGCUUCAUGGACGAGUUCUUCGAGCAGGUGGAGGAGAUCCGCGGGUUCAUCGAAGCGCUUUACGAGAAGGUGGAGGAGGUGAAGAGGAAGCACAGCGCCAUUCUUGCAGCCCCCAAUCCUGACGAAAAAACCAAGCAGGAGCUGGAGGAGCUGAUGACUGACAUCAAGAAACUGGCUAACAAAGUGCGCUCCAAGUUAAAGAGCAUUGAGCAGAGCAUCGAACAUGAGGAAGGGCUGAACAGAUCGUCGGCUGACCUUCGAAUACGAAAGACUCAGCAUUCCACGCUGUCUCGCAAGUUUGUGGAAGUGAUGUCGGAGUACAACGCCACCCAAUCAGAUUACAGGGAGCGCUGCAAGGGGAGGAUCCAGCGGCAACUGGAGAUAACCGGCAGAAACACGACCAAUGAGGAGCUGGAGAGCAUGCUGGAGAGCGAUAACCCUGCCAUCUUCACCUCCGGGAUCAUCAUGGACUCGAACAUCACAAAGCAGGCGAUGAACGAGAUCGAGACGCGGCACACCGAGAUCAUCAAGCUGGAGAACAGCAUCCGCGAGCUGCAUGACAUGUUUGUGGACAUGGCCAUGCUGGUGGAGAGCCAGGGGGAGCUGGUGAACAACAUUGAGAAGAAUGUGAUGUCAUCGGUGGACUACGUGGAGCGAGCUAAGGAGGAAACUAAGAAAGCCGUGAGCCUUAAGGGCAAGAGCCGCCGGGGGGAGAUGAUCGACCGCAUCGAGUAUAACGUGGAGCACUCCGUCGAUUACGUGGAGCGCGCCGUCUCUGACACGAAAAAGGCUGUUAAGUACCAGAGCAAAGCGCGGCGGAAGAAAAUCAUGAUCAUUGUGUGCUGCGUAGUGCUGGGGAUCAUAAUCGCGUCCAGUGUUGGGGGGACGUUAGCCUAAAACCUAAAAAGCAGCAGCAACAAAAUAUCCAUUGCCAACUCUACACGCACACACACACACACACUCAUACACACUUACAGACACACACACACACGCACACACUCAUACGCACUCACAGACACACGCACACACACAAACACACAGUUCUGCAUAGAGCGCAGUGAUCUUUUGAGAUAAUAACAUUUUAAAGAGGAGUAUUUGUUAUGCAUGGUUUCUUUUUGUAAAUCCGUGGUUCUGCAAUGUGAGUUUACUUGAGUGUUGGUUGUCAUAUGAAGAAAUGUGUUUGAAUUUUUUUUCAUUUUUAUAAGGGGGCAGUGGUUUUGCAAUUCAAAAUGUUAUACUGUAUUCUGCAUACAUUCCAAAAAUAAAAGUGCUUAUCGACACUGGCAACAUUAUCACUGCCCCUAUAACAUGAUGUGCCAAAGACCUCAUUGGCCUUUGCUUUCAAUGCAAAUGUAUAGAUAUACAGAUAACCACUUCCUGUACUGUAGGACAGAUACACUCCAAUGGUCUGAAGCUUCAGCUUCCAUAGCAUUGUCUUGCAAAUCCAAAUAUUCUGAAAAAGCAAGCAAGGAACCAAAGGCUCUUCAGAACAACAGCAGGGCGGUGAUAGCAUUGCUAGUGUGAAAAAGAGAAGGGAAACUGAUUCGAAACUUAACUAAGGAUUGAAAAGGACCAAUAGAAGCUGCAGUAGCCAUAACUUAGACACAGUUAACAGCACAUGAUUCAAUCAUUAUAUCAAGGGUUCUAUGGUGGGCACUGGGUAUUACAAUUGUUUAUAAAGAAUGCCAUGCUAUUGUAUAUCAUCAUGAAUUCAUUGUGCAUACACCCCAAAACGGGAAUAAAAUCUUACAUUUUGUCCAAUAUAAUCAUUUUCUGCCUUUAGCACAAUGCAGAUGAAAAGCAAGCUGUGGGUACAAGGAAGGAGGCACCAUUAUAAAAGGGCCAUCUUAAGAAGGAGUCGGUGGAAAUGGCAUUGAGGCCGUUCUCAAUCUGGGCAAUAGAAGCAGCUUCUAAACUUAGUUGUAAUGAUGCUUCCUCCCUAGAGAAGGAUUCAGCUAAGGGACUCUCAGCCAGUGUCUGCAUUCAGACAGUGAUUAAACAAAGCCUGGGUUUAUUCUGCCUGUGAGGCUCUUAAGCCGAGAUGUUGAGGGUCUUUUCAGUUGAUCUCAAUGUUGGCAGGUUUAAAUAGCACUAAUAAUUGAGAACAUUGGAAAGUGAGAAAAUCAAACAUCGGACUGUUAAAAUGUUAAACGCCAACACAGAGUCCAAUUCGUGAUGUAAAGGGUGGUUGUGUUUAGAACAACGUUGAGAGCAAUUGAAUGGACCCCACUGUCUGUAGGAGGAAAGGCUUAGAGCGCAACCCACUCCCAAGGGACAGUGUGUGUGAUUUCCAUUACAUGAGAGUAGGUGGUAAAACUUCAUGCUGAUACUGGACUCUCGCCAAGAUAAAGCUGGAAAUAACCCCACACACCGUCCUCUGGGUUGCAAAUGACAACAUCCAACAAACAGCAAUGCAGAAAAACCUCUUUACUUCCACUAUGCACGGUGCAUCUCUAAUAAAGAAUGACACCCUCAUAAGUGAGUGAAAAUGUAUCCUGUGUCUACCUAACACUGUAACUGGAUUACUGUCUGUAUGCCAGUCCUCUGCAGCUAUCAUCUUCCCGUCAGUUACCAGGUGCUUCCGACGGCACUUACAGUCCUUACCCCAGUCGUGUUCUAUGAAGUACGGAUGCACGACUGUGAUCCAUGAUUUCCUGUUUGCAGUUGCAGUCCAGAGUAUAUAUGCACCAAUGAGUCUUGGAUACGCUACUGUAUGUUAUACCCUUUUCAAAAUAAACCAUAGAUUCUAGCCAUUGUAAGUCCUUUUAAGGUUGUCAGGCUGCAUUCAAUGGUGUUGUUUGUAGUCCCAUCAUUCCUGCAGAAGCCCUCCACUUUAUAUUGUGGUCUUUGAAUAAAUUCUGCCUUGCUGUUUUUGUAAUGUGUUUGCGCAUGUGCUAUCUAAACUACACCUGGCUUGGAAGGUAGUUGGUGUUCCUGUUUAGCAGCCUCUUUAGUAGUUUAAUAUUUAUAAAAAAAAUAGAAUUGUUUCAAAAACAAGGUAUAUUUUAUAUACACAUUCGCACAUAAAUAUAAUUAUGAACAUUAUGUUUGAAAUAAUACACUAGAAACAAUCUGAAAGCAGUGACUGGUUCUUGUUUAUGUAGCUGUAUUUAUUAAUCUCUUCCAAUAAAAAUUUUACCUUCUAUUCACGGGGGUUUAAACAAGCCACACAUGGGCUGCAAAUACAGAGUGCAACAAGCAGUUAAGAGUUUCAGCACAUGCCUUUUUAUAGAGAUAUAGACAUAUAUUAAAAACACAUUGCUUUCUGGCCAUUUUCUUU